AUGGCCCCGGAAGCGAUGCGUACGGCGUCCGCCCCUAGGUCCUGGCGGGAGCAGGCAGAGUCGGUGGAUGUAUGUCAGCCGCUCCGGAGAUGGCUUCGGCGGGAGGCGGCGGCUCCGAGAGCGCCGCGCCGGAGGCCGAUCGUCCCCAGCCGCGGCCGUUUCUCAUUGGCGUGAGCGGUGGCACUGCUAGCGGCAAGUCAACAGUGUGUGAGAAGAUCAUGGAACUGCUGGGGCAGAACGAAGUGGACCGCCGGCAGCGCAAGUUGGUCAUCCUGAGCCAGGACUGCUUCUAUAAGGUUCUGACAGCCGAGCAGAAGGCCAAGGCCUUGAAGGGACAGUACAAUUUUGACCAUCCAGAUGCGUUUGAUAAUGAUCUGAUGCACAAGACCCUGAAAAACAUUGUCGAAGGCAAAACUGUCGAGGUCCCCACCUAUGAUUUUGUGACCCACUCAAGGUUACCAGAGACCACUGUGGUCUACCCAGCUGACGUGGUUCUGUUCGAGGGCAUCUUGGUGUUCUACACCCAGGAGAUCCGGGACAUGUUCCACCUGCGCCUCUUUGUGGACACGGACUCCGAUGUUAGGCUGUCUCGAAGAGUUCUCCGGGAUGUGCAGCGAGGAAGGGACCUGGAGCAGAUCCUCACCCAGUACACCGCCUUUGUGAAACCAGCCUUUGAGGAGUUCUGCCUGCCGACCAAGAAAUACGCUGAUGUGAUCAUCCCUCGAGGGGUUGAUAAUAUGGUGGCCAUCAACCUGAUCGUGCAGCACAUCCAGGACAUCCUCAACGGUGACCUGUGCAAGCGGCACCGAGGAGGGCCCAACGGGCGCAACUACAAGAGGACCUUCCCGGAGCCAGGAGACCACCCUGGGGUGUUGGCCACUGGCAAACGCUCACACCUGGAGUCUAGCAGCAGACCCCAUUGAGGACCAGCAUAUGUAGGUUCCCCAUAGACCCGACAGAUAAAGGGUCUGGGCCUGGGGGACAACUACUGGCUCCUAAAAGCACAGUCAGGGAUCCCUCUCAGUGUGAUCUUGGGUGGCAUCAGGACCAAAGCCUUCCUUGCAUAAGAGGGCAGACUCAUGCUGACCGAGCAUUCUGGUGUCCUCCGCUUCCUCUCGCUGGAGGAGGCCACAGGUCUCUGGGUGGGUCACUGUCCCAAACAGCAUAGUAAGCCCAUGGCGCCAGCUUCCCGAGGGAUGCAGGACACAUGGGGCAACAGCGGAAACAGCCCAGGCACUGGCUGGCCUGGUGUUAAGACAGUGAACCCCAGGGAAGUACUUCCCGGUGUGAUGUGGUCUGUGUUGCAGAAGUUUGCAGAGACGUUCGAUAUCCUUUUUGUGUAUGUGUGUGUAAGGCUGUUUGUGAUUUCUGAACCUAGUUUUACAACCUAACACUGGGCUAUGGUUCAGUCUGAGGAGCCUGAGGCAGGAGCCUACAUGACUCUAUCUAGGGUCCUGGAUCAGCGUCCCCACAAUUCUGUAGGAAGCGUUGAGCCCAAGGGGCUGUCCGUGUACAAGUCACUUAGGUGUAGUUCAUGGCUAGCAUGCAGGGGCAGGCUCUCUCCAGCCAGGGGAGCCCUGGAGUGCAGAGGCAGGCGACCGUGGCUGCCUAAGGCCAGUUAGUCUCCUGCACACCAAACUCAAGCUCCUGGCUUCACACGCUCCCUCCUGUGCUGUCAAGUUUGUCUUGCCUCCCAUGGGAUGGCGUGUUUUGGAAGUAUCCUUGGCUAUUGCCACAAGCUAUGGCCCAGGACUCUCAUUUCUUGUUAACUACAACUUCAUUUCUUGUUCAAUACAACUGGUUCUCACCACGGCAGCUGAGCUGUGUUGCUCUCAGGAGGUGGUUUCUGUUAGUGUUGUGCUGAUUUUGUUGAACCGAAACCCCUUUUUGGAGGGAGAAUCAAUAAAUAACAUAAAAAAUUA